CGGAGAGGUGAGUGUGGAACACAGACCGGAAGCGGCUGGGCAAAACGGGGAGUUGUUGAACAGCCAUUGCAGUGUCGUGGCUUAGUAACAAAACACGAAAGAACGAAGAAGACCGACACUUAAAGCUUUCUUUUGUCUUCAGGACCAAUUUUAAUGGUUAUAAAAGUGUACAGACUAGGUGAAUUUAUCUACACAUAGCGAGCGGGAUUCGACAGCUUUGGAUAUGUCAUUCAUAUUUGAUUGGAUUUAUAGUGGUUUCAGCAGUGUACUGCAGUUUCUAGGACUGUAUAAGAAAUCUGGCAAGUUAGUAUUUCUUGGCCUGGACAAUGCCGGCAAGACAACGCUCCUGCACAUGCUCAAAGAUGACCGACUGGGACAACAUGUGCCAACCUUGCAUCCAACGUCUGAAGAGCUGACGAUCGCUGGCAUGACCUUCACCACCUUCGACCUGGGAGGCCAUGCACAAGCUCGCAGAGUGUGGAAGAACUACCUUCCCGCCAUCAACGGCAUCGUGUUCCUCGUGGACUGUGCAGACUUGCCAAGAUUGGGUGAAUCCAAAACAGAAUUAGACGCACUUAUGACGGACGAGACCAUUGGAAACGUGCCUAUCCUGAUCCUGGGCAACAAGAUUGACAGACAAGAAGCCGUCAGUGAGGAGAAGCUCAGGGAGCUGUUUGGACUGUAUGGACAGACAACGGGCAAGGGCAACGUCCCCAUGAAGGAGCUGAACACGAGACCACUGGAGGUGUUCAUGUGCAGCGUGCUGAAGCGCCAGGGCUACGGAGAGGGCUUCCGCUGGCUCUCCCAGUACAUCGACUAAAGAGCCCCCCCCCCCCCCCCCCCAACAACACGACCAAGGACCGCCCGCUGCUGCAGCCAUCCCCCCACCACUACGGGGAGGGGGAUGGGGAGGGGGAGGCGCCUGACCCACCAGCCGCCCCUGCCGUUGCCACCAAGUACCAUAGCCAGCCCACCCCCCGACCCCCCUCAACCACGCCCAUGUUCGAUUAGAAACAUCUGCCUCCAGCUGCCGAGAGAACGCAGUACAACCUGAACCCAAUAGACUUUUAUUGGUCGAACAUUUGGUUACACACACACACACACACAUACACACAGGUACAGACACACACAAUCACACACACAGACUGACACGCAUACACCCACAAACACCAACUCACACAUUCUCGCACUUGCGCACGCACACGUUUACUUAUUUAUCUCUCGUUAAUCUCCUGUUCAUUUUAUUUUUUUCUCUUUUCAAAGCGGUCAAAUUAAUAUGGAUUGUGCAGCAGAGGCGUUUCCAUUCACAGGCUUGAAAUCUUUAUACUAAUCCAUUCCCAGUUUCUUUCUGCCUUGUCCCAUUCCGCUAUCCGUUGAGUGUGUUGAUGAAAUGCAUCAGACCCUGUCAAUCAAUUCCAUGGCUCCAUUGGUAAAGCAGUGUUCCCUCCCACCUUCCGUCUCAUGGCCCCGGCUCCCCACCAUCAGUUUGAGCAGCGAGGAAGAGCAGUGUCGUUGUAUACAUCGCAAUACACUUUUUUAAACCGGAAAGAAAGAUGUGCAGAUACUUGACCCAGUAUUUAAUUGUCGGUCCUAAAUCUUUUUUUUUCAUUUUUUUUUGCAGAACAUUUUUUUUAUUUUGUAUCACCUGUUCAAUAAACAUAAAAAAACCUUAUGUGGCCACCUCUAUAGCUUGCACCCUAAAGAUGUGUAUGUGUGGCUGUUAUUUUACUGAAAUAGAGGCGUCCAUUUAUCUCAAUGUAUUGAAAAUAAGGACUUUAGGGUUUUCUUGUAAGGGUAGCUGAAAGUUGGGUAUUUUCAUUAUGUUAAAGUUUUCUAUACUUUUAGGCACAUGGCAUUGAGUGGCUCCAAGCAUCUUGAUGGCCUUCAUAUUUGCAUAGACUAUGCAUUUACGUAAGAGAUUUUAAAUACAAAAAACUAUCAUUGGCUAUCACAAUUUUUUUACCUUUUUCAAGGUUUAAAAUUGAAUAUUUAUACAGCACAAACUGUGAUCAGGCUAAAAUAUAAGGAGCUGGCAACUUGAUUAUGAUGACAUGCAGUAAGAUACAGUGAAGAACAAGUCAGUCCUUAGCUCCCCCUAGAGGUGAGUAUUAGACAGCACCAACGACUUCCCCAGAGCAGCCUCUACCGCUGGGCCAGAGACACGCUACGAAGGGACCACACAUUAUAUAUAUAUAUAUAUGAAGUGUACCGAAAUAACGUACAUGGAUAUUAUAUAGAUAGACAUAUAUUUUUUUCUUUAAUAAGCGAUAUCCCUUAAUCUAUGUGCAUUACCAGAAUCUAUUAUGCAUGCCUUCUGUAGGGUUUUGAAGACCAAUAUUCCAGUACAACACAAGGAGAGCAGAUGCCAAAAUAUGUUAAACAAUGUUAACUAAUUGGAGAUGUGUCCGUCUUUUGUUUUAAUAUUUUUAAAGGAAACAUAAUGGAAUGACAAUUAAGAAAUACACCUUUUUUUUGCUUUUUGUUCCCAUCCCUGUGUCUCUUUUAGUCCCUUAUGACAUCUUAAUGAGCUGUUCCAACAGAAGGGGACUUGCUGUUUGCAUCAUUAAAACUAUUGUAAUAAAUGUUUGCAAUGAA